GAAGAGUUUUGAUUUCAUCAAAAUUGCGAAUUUUACUCCUUCUCCUCCUCUCUUUCUUGUCCAAAUUUUUCCUGCAAAAAUUCUCAGAUUUCAUCUUCAAAAUCUCCUUUGUUUUUUCAAUUUUUUACGCAUCAAACUCAAAAAACCUUCGAAUUCAAUACCUUAAAACUUUGCGCUAAUCACUUCUUUCAAUUUCCCACACUCGCGAUUUUCCUCCCACAAAAACCCUAAUUUACGAAUUUUCUCUCUCCUUUAAAGCUCUACAAACAUGGCGGCAUCAUCAAGUAGUGGACUAACAUUCAAGCUUCAUCCUCUAGUAAUUCUCAAUAUUUCCGAUCAUUUUACUCGAGUCAAGUCUCAAUUGCAGCAUCCGUCUCACUCCAAUGGCGGCGAACCUUCGCCUGCGCAUUCGCCGAGAGUUUAUGGCUGUGUGAUUGGUGUUCAAAGAGGAAGAACUGUUGAGAUCUUCAAUAGCUUUGAACUUCUAUAUGAUUCCGCCACUGAUUCUCUUGAUCGCGCUUUCCUCGAAAAGAAGCAGGAGCUCUAUAAGAAGGUUUUCCCCAAUUUUUAUAUACUUGGGUGGUAUUCGACUGGGACGGAUGCUGAAGAAUCUGAUAUGCAUAUACAUAAAGCUCUAAUGGAUAUCAACGAGAGUCCUGUAUAUGUUCUACUCCACCCUUCCAUUAAUCAUGCACAAAAGGAUCUUCCAGUGAGCAUCUAUGAAAGUGAACUGCAUGUCAUUGAGGGUCUUCCGCAGCUUAUCUUUGUUCGCUCGAGCUACACCAUUGAGACUGUAGAAGCGGAACGGAUAUCUGUAGACCAUGUCGCACAUCUUAAACCAGCUGAUGGCGGUUCUGCUGCCACCCAAUUGGCUGCUCAUUUGACUGGUAUCCACAGUGCGAUAAAGAUGCUCAAUAGCCGUGUUAGAGUGCUGCUCCAGUAUCUUGUUUCUAUGCAGAAAGGUGAAAUUCCUUGCGAGAAUUCACUGUUGAGACAAGUUUCAAGUCUUUUGAGGAGAUUACCUGCUAUUGAAUCUGGGAAAUUUCAAGAUGAUUUUCUGAUGACUAUUCUGAGUUGGGUUUGCAGGAAUACAAUGACACAUUGCUGGUUACCUACCUUGCCAUGUUGACCAACUGCUCAAGUGCGAUGAAUGAGCUUGUCGACAAAAUCAACACUGCCUAUGACAGGCACGGUAGAAGGGGAGGACGGACAGCUUUUAUAUGAGAGCAGCAUCUUUUUCCACAGGCAUCUUUUCAGUUGGAGCUGGAUUUUUUUUGAUUCUGAAGAUUACUUUUAUUUGAAGCCGAUUUCGGAUCAGAAAUUAGGUGUCUAGGAUUCAGAAAAGCGGAAACCAAAAUUAGAUUUCUAGAGGAUACUUUGAUAAUGCAUUUGUGGUCAUUAGGUCUCCAUUUCAGUAUUAUGGUCUCUGGAGUUCAUUGUGUAUGAUUUUUGAUUUACGGUGGAGGCAAGUCAUCGGAUAUCUUGUGAAUAUUAUCAUGCAAAAUAUGCUAAGGAGAAAAAGAAAAGUCAGUGAGUUAUAUUAGGUUCA